AUGCGUCCCAAACUAAUUUCAAUCUCUAUUGUAUUUUCCUUUUUGGUCCCAAUUGUUCAAAGCCAACAGGAGCAAGCAUGUGAUUUGAAUUGCCAUUUCGAAGAGUCGUACUUGUCUUCUGAAACACUCAAGAAGUGGCCAAAAACUUGUAAAAUAGUGUGUGGAAAUCUGAUUAUAAAUGAAAAGUCCGACUUGACCGAUUAUGAAUGGACUGUGAAUUUCUGGAAGCUAGAAGAGCUGAAAGGGUUUUUGAGAGUUCAAAAUUCUUCUCUGACGUCAUUGAAUUUUCUAGAAAACUUGAGACGGAGUCAAUGCGAAGGAGGCGAGUUUGGCGAGUUUGUUGUUGCAGAUAAUCCAAAUUUAACCGAUAUUGAAAGACUACGGUUAUUUCGAAAUAGCGACGGAUGUACAUGGCGAAUUGUGAGAAAUCCUCGACUGGAUACCACCUCAUACGAAUUUCUUAUUUGGAUUAAUUUGGAGAAUUACGGAAACCUCAAAGACUAUGGUGCAGGAUGUUCAAAUGUGCGUAUCACUUCUGAGUCUCUACCGUAUUACUCGAACUGCACAAGUAUCAACGAUGGUUAUGAAGGAAAAGCGGUGAAAAUUUCAAAAAUUUCAAGUUCAAUGAACCUAACCGGAUUUUUGAAAUUGAGAAAAAUCGCAGGAGGCAUUGAAGUUUCUAAUACCGAUCUUGAGGAUUUGUCGUUUAUGAAAAACUUGAAAGUUCUUGACGUGUCGGGAGGGAUUAUGGGUGGAGCUACAAUUGAACUUCAAAACAGCCCAAAUUUGAAGCGGCUUGGUUGGGAUUCUAUUACGAUCUUGCCAACAACACUUUCUCUAAACUUUACCAAUAACCACCCAGAAUUUUGUCUGACCAUGGAGGAAGCGCAGAAGUUUGCAAAAGUGGGACCAUAUUUUCCUAACGACGACAAAAUAUUGCUUUGUCCAAAUUUAACUAGAGCAGAUGGUCAGAAAGUUUGCAAGUUUGACGGCUUUGGGAACUUUGAAACAGGUUGCCGCCAAGUUGUUGGAGAUGUCAUAGUUGAUGAGGACAAUGAGAAGGAUGUAUGGAUGUUGGAAAAUGUUACACAUAUUUAUGGAUCGUUGAUUAUCAGAGAUACAAGGGAGUUGGUGAACCUGAAUUUCCUGUCUAGCUUGCGUUCGGUUAUGAGAUUAACAAAAGAUGAAGACCAAAUUAUUCGAAUUUUGUCAAACAAGAAGUUGGAAAAAGUUAUUUUUCCCAAAAUGAAGACUAAACCGUUCCCGUUUGGUGACGACAAUUUCAUAGACAUUGAUGGAAACUCAUUGGAAAUUUUCAAAGUUCAAAAGGAAUGCAUGCUAAUCAGAGCAAUGACUAAAGCGAAAGUGAAGUAUAAUGGAAAGAGUUGCAACGAAUUUGUGAUUUCUAACAAUUCCGAGCUUGCGCAGUACAAAACCUUGUCAGAAUUGUACUCCGAAGUGGAAUGUGUUUGGCAUAUUUCAAACAAUCCGAAAAUGAAUUUAAAUAAUUUUUGCACCGACACUUUCUCGGAAAUGUAUAAAGCUAAUUUGAAAUACUAUGGAAAUAUGGGAGGGUGUGAAUGCGUCAACGUUUACAUAACUCCAGAAUCCCUGCCGUAUUACACAAACUGCACACAUAUUACUGGUGGUGAUCAAGGGGUUUUGAAAAUCGCGAAUUUGACGGAUUCGUUGAAUUUAUCUGGUUUGCUAUCACUGAAGAAAGUUGAGGGAAAUAUUGAAAUUUUCGAAAAUCAAGUCUCAAAUUUAUCGUUUUUGAGUAAUUUGGAGAAUGUUAGCAAAGAUUAUUUAUCCAUUUACAAUCUAACUCAUAUUCAUAAUAAUCCGGAUUUGAAAAGAUUGGGUUGGGAUUCAAUAAAAUUCCAAGAUUAUCAAAAAUUUGACGCAUUUCAGAAAAUGGUCUCAAAAUUCGAUAUUUAUACGGUCAGCAUCCAUGACAAUCAUCCAGAUUUUUGUCUUACAACUCGUGAACUACAAACUUUUGCCGAAAACGAUGUCUAUGUUUAUAAUUUGGAAGCUAAGUUAUGUGCGGACCUCGAACGAAAAGAUGGGGAAAAAAUUUGCAAUUUUGUUGAUUUGACAUCGCUGGAUUUGAAAUGCCAACAUUUAAUUGGAGAAGUAAAUAUCAACAAUGAAAAUGAAGACUAUUCAUGGAAGUUGGAAAAUAUUACCAACAUUUACGGGUCAAUUGUUGUACAGUACACUGAAAAGCUCACAGAUCUCAACUUCUUGAGAAAUCUUCGAGCAGUUGCAAGUUUGAAUUUUGGUAAUAUUUUGAGAGAAAUUGUAAUUAGUGAAAAAAAAGAAUUUCCAGACGGUCCUCCUUCGAUCCAAAUCAAUCACAAUCGAAUGCUUCAAACCGUUACUUUACCAAAUAUGAAGGUCCCACCAUUUCCCAAGUUCAAAAGUGGCGUUAUUGAAAUCAAUGGGAAUUCGAUGGAAAUUUUUAAGUACUUGAAGGAUUGUCUGUUGUUUCAGACACAGACGAAGUCGUCCGUAAAGUAUAAUGGAAAAAGUUGUAAAAAAUUGCCAGUGGCACCAGGAAAGCAGCCAGUGAAGGAUACAGAUUAUGAAGACGAGUAUGAAGUUGAGCCAUCUGGAAAUCUAUCAUAUUCGGCUUCUCUGAUUAUAUCGCUUCUGAUGAUUCUAGUAGCGCUCUAA